UCAUAUAUGUAUUUGUAUUAUACAUAAUCGAAUCACUCCAUCCAAGGUUGAAACCUGCCCGAUUAACAGUAAAUUCAAUUUUGCAAUUCCGGAAUUGGUACCUACGCAAUUGUCAAGUUUGCAAUCUUAAUUGUAACCAGACCACCUUGACCGACGAAUGCAACUGUUGACCGAGCGUCGAGGUCGUCCUCGAAUUUUGGCACAAUCUUUAGAGAAGUUAUCCGACGUAAACCGCAGACAAGGAACGGAAUCGCUGCGAUCAAGCUGCUGGUGUAAAUCUUUGUAGAAAAAUAAAAAGUAUAAUGAGUGCUUAGCUAGGAAUAAUAAGGCUAUUCGAUAAAUUGACGACAUUUUAAGAAGAAGAGAAGACAGAAGAAGGUAACUGAUACCGAAAGCUUCUUUCGAACGUAUUUCGAUCUCCUUCGAUGCCUGCAUGAUUUCGAUGUUACCCAGCAAAGGGACCAGCGAUAUCCCAGUGAAAGCCAAGAUGGACAACCCGAAGAAUCCCACCGACGAAUCUCGAUCAUUUCUCAAAUUUUCCCGCGAGAAUUUAAGCGUUUCUCAUUCGGAUCUCGAGCAAGGGUUCAACAACGGACGACCCCGGAUUAGAACGGAUACAGUUCUGAGUCUGAUCGCAAUAUUCUUGGCCGUAUUUUGCAUCGGGCUUGAAAUAUGGAAGAUCCUUGGUGUCGUGGAUAAUCCCAGGUGCUGUAUUAAUCACCCGAGAGAAAUUGAGCUGCUGAAGCAAGAGCUUGAAAUGAUGAAGCAAGACGUUGAGGGCAUGAAGCAUCGCAUCCUCGAAGAAGACUUGCUGAACGACUUGAAGGCCUUCGAGGAACAGGUAGAAGCCGAAGAACUUGACGAGAAUAACGCUGACGAUGAGACUGCUCUAGACAACGAUGAUUACGACUCCGAUUACGACACUGAAGACGAAGACGAAGACGAAGACGAAGACGAAGACCCGAUGCUUCCGUCUCAGGAAUACCUCAACGACUAUCACAAUGCACCUUACACCGCCGAUUACUCGGGUCCUGGCGAUUCGUUAGGUCCUGCAAGCCGCGAAAGUGACUUCGCCAAUGUCCUCGCUGCACUUCAGAAAACUGAGGCAGACUCAGAACGGAAUUUGGAGAAGAGCGUGAGAGAGAACCGGAAAAGCAUAAACAGAGAAAGAAUGCUUGACGAGGGAAAAAAUCCUGCGGAAAUUCCACAGCGGGAGGAUCCGGCAGAGGAAAACGAGGACGAUCUUCUCGGGGAGUUUCUUCGGGAUCCCGACUCGCCAACGAUCGUAAGGAAGCGAUCCGUCAACGAAGAGAGACCCGUUGGUUAUAAUCCGAGCGGCAUUCCGAUAUACGCCCACAGCUACUUACUGAGAAACAGAAGAAAUUUUACAGGGAACUCGCCAAGCCCAACAUUAAAACUCUACGACAGUUUGACGAGAGAUGACAAAACCACAACGGAGAAGAGUGAACAAGAAUCGACGAUACAUCACGCCAUCAUCACAUCUUGGGAUAAACAUCCGCCAAAGAAAUAUCAUAUCCAAUCACGGGAUGCUACAUCCCAUGUUUUAUCACCGGCUUCCUACUCUUCAGAGGCUCGCAAUCCACGGCAGAGAAAUAAACACGCUUAUCGUUCUGUCAAUUGGCAAGACGAAGGUCCUCAAGCUCUUACUAUGAAAGAGUCAACGGUGAACCGUAAAAAUGCAGAAGCUUGGAAGCUCGUGCAGGACACGCGCCACUCGCGGCCUCUUAGACGUCGCGGUAUGACUCGACGACACCUUAGAGGAUCGCGGCAAAUAGUCGCCGCGCACUACGCUGCUGACAGCAGUCUUUUCACUGGAGAGGACGAACAUGUUGGGAACGGAAAAGGGAAGCACGGUCAAGGAAUUUUCAAGGCUUGGAGAGCCACCAGUUGGAUGAGUGACCUGGGAAUGAACGGGCACUUUACUUUAGCCGAGGGACAACUGACGAUCCAGGAAACAGGGCUUUAUCUUAUCUAUGCUCAGAUUCACUACCUAGACCGGCAUGAUGAAAACGGUUUCCGCGUUUUGGUCAACAACGAAUCGAUACUGCAGUGUAUGGUUUACAGUCCUGGCACCGAGCAUAAAAGCCGAUCCUGUUUCUCCGCGCAGGCAGCGCUACUGCAGGCUGGAGAUCGCGUGGUAUUGAAGGAUGUAGGUGAGGAAAGGUAUACCUUGUUCCAACACGACAAGAGCUUCUUUGGUCUUGUAAAACUCGGGGAAUCGAGGCCACCGAGACAGCAUCCGCAAAAUUAAGAGCAGCGAAGAAAAAUUCUUGACGAUUGUAAGCAAGAAAUGACAAUUCGAUCGCUGCGUCAAUGUAAUAUGAGCUGAUUAUUAUAAAUUAUGAACUUUCUGUUGCUUUUUUCACUAAAUGUAGAAUAGGCGAGACAGAACGUUACGGAGUGAUGAUAUAUACGGUGUUUUAAUUGUUUAACAUUAUGAUAUUAUACAUUGUAUACCGAUUAAAGAGUACAACUCCUAAUUUAUAUUCUGACAGAAACGUAUUGCAAACUUUCAAGCUACGCCUAAACUGAUACAGUAAACAUUUUGAAUUGUAACUUAACAAUUUAUAGCUUUUAGUGCCAUCGUUUGUUUGUAACUCGAAAAUUAGCACCGAUUUUAAGCUAGACUAUUAGUGAUCUCAGAUGUUACGAAAAAUAUGUAAAUAACAUUUUAUAUUUUAUUAUAUACUAUUAUGAUUCUUCUUCUUAUUAUUAUUAUUAUUAUUAUUACUAUCGUUAUUAUUAUUGUUAUCAAUAUGAUCUUUAUUAAUUUUUU